AAGUGGCGGGUUCUGUCUUCUGUUGGUUUUCUUAAGGCUUCCGUUUCUUUAAUGGAGGUUAAGGGUUUCAGUAUCUGUUUAUAAUAGUUCUAAAAGCCCGAAUUAUGUUCUGUGUUCUUUAGUAAUGGAUUGUUCUGCGUUUUCUUAUUAGGGGGUGAGAGUUAUUUUAAAGCGUUGAAAUGCUAGAGAAGAAAGAAGGCAAUGAGGUGGAAGCUGAUGUUCGGAAAGGAGAAAUCUCAAAGAAAGAAAUGGUAGAGAUGGGCGAGUCCUUGCUUCCUUACUCUUCGACUAUACUGGUCGCGAUCAAUGGAACUAAAAGCAGUAAACUUGCUCUUAAAUGGGCUUUGAAUGCUUUUUUAUCUGGAGGGAAAGUUCAUUUGAAGCUAUUUUAUGUUCGUCCACCGAUCACAAUGAUUCCAACUCCAAUGGGGAACUAUCUUCCUAUUUCUCAAGUGCGUGAUGACAUAGUAUCUGCAUACAGAAAGGAUAUAGAAUGCCAGACAAGUUCAAUGAUUCUCCCUUACAAGGAAAUAUGCUUGCGUAGAAAGGUAGAUUUGGAAAUCGUGAUAAGGGAAGCUGAUGAUGUUGCAGAAGAAAUAGGAAAUGAAGUUGAAAAUUUUCAAAUAUGCAGGCUCGUCAUUGGUGCUUCUUCUAGAAAUAUGAUUACAAGGAAACUUAAAGGCAUGAAAAUGUCCAACAAGAUCUCUGAGAGCACUCCAGUCUUCUGUACUGUUUUUAUUAUUAAAAAAGGAAAGCUUUCAGCUGUGCGCUCGAGGACAGAUGAAAGAUCCAACAAUGAGAGAAGUUGUGUCGGUUCUUCAUGCAACUCUUCUGUCUCUUGUUCAGAGUCAAUGGAUGCAGAUACACUACAAAAGUCCUCACAUCCUGAGAAUAUCUACCUUCAAAUCCGGCGUGUUGAAACUCUUUCCACCAAAGAUGAAAAAAAAGAUAACAAAUCUGAUGACACGGGUAGCCCCUGCAGCAUCCUCCACAGUACUACUUCCUCGAACAGUGAGGAUGAUAUCAAUGUUCAGAGUUUACCCACCCAAAUGCAUGACAGCAAAACCAAAUUGUCUAGUAAUGGAAAUUACGGAGCAAAAAUCAAUUCAUUGGCCUUGGAUAUGUCCUCAAUGUCGGAUGAUUUGAGUGAAUCUUUAUUAACAGGGAAUAAGGAAAGGGCAAGUCUAAAAGAGAAUAACAUCAUAAAAGAGGAGACUAAAGAAGCUACUGGGCUGGAAAAGAAAAGGCUAGAAGCAUCAGAAAGGGAUGCUUUAUUUGUGAAGAAGUGCAUCAAGGAGACCUCAACGGUUAAAGCUACAUGUAAAUCUGAAGAGGAACAAAGGAUGGAAAUAGCUAGCUUCAGCAAUGACGAGAAAUUCAAAAACUAUACAUGGGAAGAGAUAGAAUCUGCCACCUCAUCAUUGUCUGAUGCACUAAAGCUUGGAGCAGGGGCAAAUGGAACAGUCUACAAGAGUACCUUUGAUCACACAAUUGCAGCUGUGAAAAUUCUCAACUCAAAUGAGGAAUGUGGAACCAAGCAAUUCAAGCAAGAGCUUGAAAUCCUGACUAGAAUUCAUCAUCCCCAUAUGCUUAUACUACUUGGAGCCUGUCCUACAAGGGGCUGCCUGGUCUAUGAGUACAUGGAGAAUGGCAGCCUUGAUGACCGCUUGAAAUGCAAGUAUAAUACACCUCCACUUCCAUGGUUUUACCGAUUGAGGAUAGCUUGGGAGGUUGCUUCAGCUCUUGUUUUUCUGCAUCACUCGCAGCCAGUGCCAAUUGUUCAUCGUGAUCUCAAGCCUGCAAACAUCUUGCUCAACGAGAACUUUGUGAGUAAAAUUGGCGAUGUAGGUCUGUCCACCUUACUUCCCUCAAUGAAAUCAAUGAUCACAUCUCCUGUUGGGACAUUCUUCUACAUUGACCCUGAGUAUCAGAGGACAGGUUUGGUGUCACCGAAAUCAGAUACUUAUGCUCUGGGGAUGGUCAUUUUGCAGUUGUUGACUGCAAAACAGCCUAUGGGGCUUGCCAACAUUGUAGAAAUGGCAAUUGAAGAUGGUGACUUGAUGGAGGUUUUGGAUCCUAAGGCUGGGCAAUGGCCUAAAGGACCAGCACAGGAAUUGGCCCUUUUGGGAUUAAGUUGCUUGGAACUAAGACCCAAGGACCGUCCUGAGUUGAAGGAUCAUGUUCUUCCGGUGCUGAAGAGACUUAAAGAGAUUGCAGAUGAGGCCAGCAGUUUGACCUCUGAAACUCCUGUCCUAAGUCCGAAGUCUUAAGGCGGAGCGCGGGCUUCUCACGCCAGGAGGGGGCUCAGGCGAGGUAGAAGCCCGGCUGUGCGCUGGUAGGCGUUGGGGUCGCGAUCAGCCACGAGGUUGAGGGUGCUGGUGUCACGAUAGGAAGCGGGCUCGGGUCGAACAUUCGUGCGGGCAUGCCGUGUGGGAGAAAAUGCGUAGGCCGGAGGAUGCACAGUCGCGAGUCUGUGGUUUGGCUUGAAUGGAGCGGAGGUGGGCUACUAGGUAGGUCGUACGUAAUCACAAUUUGACUUGCAGACGGUGAAGGCGCGGGAAUAAAGCACGAGGAACAUGCAAGCAUGUGGAACCACGAGAAUGUGCACGUGGGCACUUGCGUGCGGAUUGCGGGUUGGAUUUUCGCACUAAAACAAGAAGCGGGCCGUGUGGGAGCAGGGUACGUGAUCGAACGGAUCAUGCGUGUGUUGGAACACACGGGAGUCCGAGGCCUUGGCGCAUGGGCUAG